AUGAGCGCAGCCUUGCAGAUGAUGGCGUUCGGUCUUGCUCUUCUCUCAACCCUCUUCCUGCUCCUUGCCACGUGCACCGACUGCUGGAUGGUGAACGCUGAUGACAGCUUGGAGGUGAGCAGAGCAACCACUCUCAAGGUUAGCAGAGCAACCAUCUUUAAGGUUAGCAGAGCAACCACUCUCAAGGUAAGUCACAAAUGCCGGGGGCUUUGGAGGGAGUGUGUCACCAACAUGCAGGAUGGGGUCAGGACUUGUGACCAGUAUGACUCCAUUUUGGCUGACCAUCCAGUGAAGAUCGUGGUGACGCGGACCUUGCUGAUCACAGCGGACCUCCUGGCUGGCCUGGCUUUGGCUACGUUGCUCCUUGGGCUCGACUGCAUCAAGUUCCUCAAGGAAGAUCCUCGUGUCAAACUGAAGAUGUGCUACGGGGCCAGUGUCGUCCUUGGUGUUGGGAGCAUCCUGGGUCUUGUGGGCUCCGUGUGGUACGCAGUGGACGUCUACGUGGAGAGGGCCACGCUGGUGUCGCACAACAUAUUCCUGGGAGUCCACUACGACUUCGGGUGGUCGUGCUGGCUGGGGAUGGCCGGCUCGACGGGCUGCUUCGUGGCAUCCGUCCUGCUGACCUGCUGCCUCUAUGCCUGCGCCGACCCCAGCAGCCGCUGGCAACCCCAGACGUUUCCCCAGCCCCAGGGCCGAACGGCCACCGGCAAGAUGUACGCCAUGGACUCCCGCGUGUGA